UGGGGGCCCGUGUCAGAAAAAGGAAAAGCUGUGAUAAAACGUGGAGAUAAAAAAGCUCACGGGAGCUGCCAGUUGUGCACGGUAGGGUAAUUAUAGCAUUUCAAAAUAGCGGAGUUCAGCACCGGAGGGAAAAGCUACGCGUAUGGUGGCGUCCGUGUGGUGUUUGUAAGGUGUCGAGGUAGGAGCCAGGAGCCGCGCAUCCCUGUGCUGCAGAGUUCAUUGAGCUCCCGCGGUCCCCUUAAUUCCAGUUACGUGCUGUCGUGGUGCAGGGUCCCGCGCGCGGUCUCGCGACUCUCCGGGCUUUCCCUCCGCUCCCGAACGGGAACAACCCGCGCUCCCCAUUCGUGCUUUUCCCUUUUACUCGUCGAUUAAACGAUGCACAGUGAAAGAAAAUGGGGUGAAUAUCAGAUGCGGAAAGCAGCCAGAAGGCUCAUCACACGCCCUCUGCAGCGGCUCCUCUGCUCGCUUCUGCUGCUUCAAUCUCCGUUCCUACCUGCAAGCAGUUGCUUCCUGUUCAAGUGGCAGCUUCAGCAAAGGGAGUAUGACUGUGGAUGGUUUGUUCUGGCAGUGUAAGAUGACCCAUGUGAUGACACAGGUGUCCAGCCUGUAGAUGGCGUCUGCGCUGAGGGAUGCAGUAGUGUGGUACCAGAAGAAGAUUGGGGCCUAUGAUCAACAAAUAUGGGAGAAAUCUGUAGAGCAAAGAGAGAUAAAGGGUCUGCGGAACAAGCCCAGAAAGACUGGAAACGUGAAGUUGGACCUCAUUGAUGUGGAUCUAGUUAGGGGCUCAGCAUUUGCAAAAGCCAAGCCAGAGAGCCCAUGGACUUCCUUAACUCGGAAGGGCAUUGUCAGGGUGGUCUUCUUCCCCUUCUUUUUCCGCUGGUGGAUCCAAGUUACCUCCAGAGCCAUCUUCAUCCUGCUGUUGCUCAUCUACCUGCUCCAGGGGGUGGCAGUGGUGCUUUUUCUUUUCACCCCACCAACACAUGGCCUCCCUGCCACUGAGGUGUUUGGUGCCUUGUGGCUCAUGCUGCUUCUAGGGACAGUCCACUGCCAGAUUGUGUCUACAAGAACACCCAAACCAUCUCUUGGCGGUGGCAAGAGGAGAAGGAAGUUAAGAAAAGCAGCUCAGUUGGAAGUGCACCGAGAAGGGGAUUGCUCCAGCAGUUCUGAAAAUACCCAGGAGGGGGUGGUGCAGAGUACCAGUUUGGCAUCCAGUCACAGCCUGGCCACUGUCCUCUGGGAGUUCUGCCAGGACCUGGUGAAAUCAAGUAUUUUUUCCAGGUCUGAGAAGUCAAAGUUCUCCCUUGACAAGUCUAAGCUGGCAAAUGGCUAUGUGGUGUUAGAUGGUCAGGUGACCAUGAAGGGUGAGAAAGGAGGGAUCCCCUUACCCCCAUGUAGCCUGCAGCCCCUUGCAGGAUGCCACUGUAGAGCUUCUCAACCACGGACUGGGCUACUGCUGUCCUUUGGCAGAAAAGAGCCUCCCGGACCACAGCGUGUGGGGAACCUGUCUGAUGAGGCCUCCAGUGAGGAGGAUCCUGUGGCACCUUGCUUCAUGGCCCAUUGCAAUGAAGAGCUCACCAACUGUGACUCAUCAUUACGCCACAGAAAGGCCCAGCACUACAAGAGGCUGCACACUGCUGAGGGCAUGGGGUGUUCCAGCAUCAGUGGCAGCUCCCGACACUCCAGCCUACAACAGGACUCUGGAAGCAUGCGGCCCGAGUCUGAGACCGAGGACAUUCUGUGGGAGGACUUUCUCAACUGUGCUGAGUGUCGCUCCUCCUGCAGUAGCGAGAGUGAGGGACAGGGUACUGCCCUCUGCUCUGCCCACAAGAGGGAGUACCGGGAUGACCCCUUCCACCAGGGUCAUGUCCCCUGGUUGCACAGCUCCAACCCAGGCUUGGAGCGUGUGAGUGCCAUUGUGUGGGAGGGCAAUGAGUGCAAGAAAGCUGAAAUGUCUGUGCUGGAAAUCAGUGGCAUGAUCAUGAACCGGGUGAAUCUCUCCACACCUGGAAUAGGGUACCAAGUGUUUGGGAACCUGGUGACAGCCAUCCUGGCAUUCACACCUUUUGCUUUCAGGCUCUUCCUGUACAAGGACUUAGAGCAGCUGGCCACACUCUCAGCCUGUGAGCUCCUGUAUAUUGCCUUUGGCUCCAGCUCAGAUGUAAUGGUGAUUGCUAUGGUGACAGUCAGCUUUGUGGUGCGUACCUGCCUCGUAUGGAUCUUCUUCUUCCUACUAAGUGUGGCCGAAAGAACCUACAAGCAGAGGCUUCUCUUCGCCAAACUCUUUGGUCACCUUACAUCAGCCCGGCGAGCCAGGAAGUCAGAGGUGCCCCAUUUUCGUCUAAAGAAAGUGCAGAACAUCAAGAUGUGGCUGUCUUUGCGCUCUUACCUGAAGAGAAGGGGACCGCAGCGCUCUGUGGAUGUCAUUGUGUCAUCUGCAUUCCUUCUCACUCUCUCUGUUGUAUUUAUCUGCUGUGCUCAGCUACUGCAAGGUCACCACACCUUCCUGGACUGCCACUACAACUGGGAGCUAGUCAUCUGGUGCAUCUCACUCUCCCUCUUCCUGCUGCGCUUUGCCACUCUGGGUGCUGAGACCAGCAAGAAGUACAGCAACACUUCCACAUUACUGACUGAGCAGAUCAAUCUGUACCUGAAGAUGGAGAAGAAGCCCAAUAAGAAGGAGGAACUGACCCUGGUGAACAAUGUACUAAAGCUGGCCACCAAGCUGCUGAAGGAGUUGGACACCCCUUUCCGUCUAUAUGGCCUCACCAUGAACCCACUGCUCUAUAACAUCACCCAGGUGGUUAUCUUGUCGGCCGUGUCUGGGGUCAUCAGUGAUCUGCUGGGCUUCAACCUGAAGCUCUGGAAGAUCAAAUCAUGACACUUGGCUGCAGUCUCUGCUCUGGAAGAUCAAAUCAUGACACAGAGCUGUGUACUUUUGUUUGUAAGCUGGAACUCUCUGCUGCCGAAUAAGGGUGCUGCUGAGACUGACUGACUGGCUGAACACUGCACUCUCCCUGACACGUUGGAGUACCUUCAUUCCACAUACUUGUGCAAUUCUGAUAUAUUUAUUUUACCCUUUCAGUGUUCUGUUUUUUACAUUUCUAAGAGUGUUAUUUUUGGUUAAAACACUGCUCUGUUCAUUAUGACUAUAUGAGAAGUUAAAGCUAUUCAGUUGUGAAUAUGUAGCAAUUUGUGCACAUCUUAUUUUUUUGUUAAAAGGUCAAAGGGCAGAUUAGGUGCUGUGUCCGAUCAGCUCUGACUGAAUCCCCACAAGCACUGCACCCCCUCACCACAUAAGCAGACCAGAGUUCUGAAAACUGUUGAGGGCAUGAUUUUGUUCAUGCACAAACAUCUGUUAAUGCCAUGGCAUUGGUAAACUUUCUGACUCAGGAUCCAGAAACUUGUCCUCACCCUGACUGUCCUGUUCCGGUUUUCCUCAGUCACUGGUUGUGCGUGCUGGUUAGAACUGCACUAAUUCAGGUAAUACCUGUCUUGGUUGUUGCUUUCCAGGAAGGCUGUCUUCAUGACGCCCAGAUGCUCUUUGCAUUUGUUUAACCACCGGGAGACAUAAUUGUAUUAGCAUUGCCCAGAGGUGUGCACUUUGAAAAGGAAAGUGUUAUAUAUUUUAUCCUGAAGUUUUUUUUUAUUUUGAAAGGAGAAAAGGAGCAGUUUUCAGGAAAAAGAUAAUCACUAGUAUUCUGUUUAUGUACUUCUAAGUAGUUUUUUUUUUUUAUAUAUACUUGAAAUGCUUAGAGAGAUGCUGAAUGUGCUUUUUUUUUUUUUUCCUUCCCCUUUGUAAACAUAACAGGAAAAAAAUGGUUUUAUUUUGAAUGAUGCGCUGCAUGCUCCUGCUCGUUCAGUUUAAAAGUGCAUCAACUGUUUUAUACAGUUACAGGUGUUUUUAUGAAGUAUGGACACUGACAUGCGCCACAAAUCAGCACAAUUCUGAGACAUGGAAACCUUGACAGGGUUUUCAGUUCCCAUGACUUUGUGACAUGUGUGGAAUGAAAAUUUGAACAUGUACUUUAUGCUCCUGUAAUUAAAGAUGUAAU